GAAGAAUAAGAGAGAAAGCAAGAUUAGAAACUAGAACCAAAGCUCUGAUACCAUGUAAAUAUUUAAGAUUUCAAGUAGGAAAUGUUGAAUGGAUCAUGAUUAAAGAUGGAGAGAAAAGAUAGAAAUGUAUUGAUUAAGAAGAGAGAUUUCAUGAGUAGGCGCUGUGUGGCUUUAUAUAGAACAGAUUCUAGGUAUGAUGGGUUACGCACAUUACAAGCAUUACGUGGGUUACGCACAUUACAAGCAUUACGUCCUCAUUCUUCCUUUACAAAGCGCACACUUUAGCCAGCCUUGAUACAGCUCACUAACGGUCUUAGAACUCAAGUAACUGUAUUUAACAUAUAACUAUUAAUUAGUUCAUGUUAAAUACCUUCUUGAUUAACACUGAUUGGAAAGUGAAAGUUGCGGCAAAGAUGGGUCCUUCAGAUCUUGCGGAUUUCCUCGAAAAAGUGCCGGACAAGUAUCCGCCUUUGCCGCCGGUGUUUCGGCUAUUUAGAUUUCUCGAUUACUAUGACUCUGCACUUUCCGGAGUAGCAUGUCCAUGGCGUCAGAUGUUCCAGGAGUCUAAUUUGGCCUGGCUUUUUGAUGUGAUCGAUGUUCCGUUAUCUUAUAUUCCUGAACCUGUCUACCAAACAUCAGUCGAUUGGAUCAACCAACACGUUCCAGAGAACUUACGCUGUGGCUUUGUAUUGUCGACAUUUAAUUAUAUUCUCCGUGAUUUGCUUCCACAAGGUGUCAAGGAAGAAGAAGCUACUUAUUGCCAUUCUAAGGUGGCAAUGUUUGUUACAUUAGCAAUGGUAGUGCGUAGCAAACCUCGUGUCUUGACUAAGGUUUUACCCUCUCUGAGGUUGAGGCGUAUCUAUAAAGGACAGGGCCAGAUUCCGCUUACAGUUUGGUUGAUAACUCAGGCCUCCAAAGAUGAUUUAUCUGUAGGCUUGCUUUCAUGGGCGCACAACUUGUUACCUCUAGUCGGCAGCAACCCCCAGUCAACUGAUGUCAUCCUCAAGUUGGUUGAGAAGAUUUUGGCCAAACCAGAUGAUCAGGCCAGAUUUGUAAAAACUCCUGUUUGGCAGGAAAUGCGACUUAUUCCACCUCAGUCAUUUGAGAUCUUGUUGCGGCUUACAUUCCCUGCAAGCCUAGAGCCUACUACAAGUAGGUUUGUGGCAAUUUAUCCCUUGCUGAAAAAAGUGGCUCUUGUCCGUACAUCAAGAAGCCAGGCAAUAGAAGAGAUAUUCACUUUUUCUUUGAGAUUAUCUGGAGAAGAAGGAAAUACUGUUUUAGCCGAGGAAGCUAGAUCAAUCGCUCUCUGGUCUCUGACCGUAAACAAGGAUUGCUGGAAGCACUGGGAGAAUCUCUACGAUCAGAAUCUAAAAGCGACUAUUGCUCUUCUUAAAAUACUUGUAGGGAAUAUCAAGUACGGUGUAAGUGAGGCAAUAUAUCAACAGAUAUUCACUUUUUCUUUGAGAUUAGCUGGAGAAGAAAAUCAUGUUUUACCCCAGCAAGCUACCGCAAUCGCUAUCAGGUCUCUGACCAUAAUCUUUGAUUGCUGGAAGCAGAGGGGCAAUAUCUCUGAGAUGAAUCUAAAAGCUUGUGUUGCUGUUCUUAAAAAGCUUGUAGAGAGAUGGAAGGAUCAUUCCCUCGAUCUAUCAUUAUCACUGAUUGAUACUCUUGCAGGUUCACCAGGAAGCAAGGCAUGGAAACAAAUCACUCGAAAGAUAUUUACUAUCUCUUUGAAAUUAGCUGGAGAAGUUACAGCAAAUCCUGUUUUAGCUGAGGAAGCUACAACAAUGGCUAUUUGGUCUCUGACUGAAAAUGUUGAUUGCUGGAAAAACUGGGACAAUCUCUAUCAGGAGAAUCUAGAAGCUAGUGUUGCUAUUCUUAAAAAGCUUGUAGAAGAAUGGAAGGAUCAUUCCCUCAAACUAUUAUCAUCGCCGAGUGGUACUCUCACUCUUGAUCAAACUAUGAAGAGCUUCAUGGUACAGAACAAAAAUGCCAUCACUGGAGGACGAGCCAAUUGUUCUCUUUACAAAAAAGCUGACAAGUCCUGCAAAGUGAUCUGGUGGAGACUAUCUCGUGUAAGAAGCACCCUCAAUAUUGCUGUGGUUCUUCUUGCUGUUGUGUUCAAGUCCUGCAAAUUGAUCAGGUGGAGAAGCAAUCUCACAAAUAUAGCCAUUACUGCUGUGGUUCUAGUUGCUGUUGUGAUUCUAGCGCUGGUGGUACACAUGUUCUAUCUUCCAAACUGGUGGCAACUGGCAACAGCCGGGCUGAAAAAUAUGUUGGACUCAUUGGACGUCAAUUAUAGGAAGGGUAUUAGUCUGUAAUUCGUGAUCUUUGAGGACUGGGAAAUCGAUAGGAGUAAAAUGAAUAUAUGUUUAAAUUCAAAAAUUUUAGUGAAGCAAAUGUUAUAUUUUGACCUUACAAAGUCAAAUUCUUUGAAA